CGUCAGUCCUGCGCAUUUGUCGGCAUCCUCCUGACCAACUGCGCUCCACGAGCCUCGUCGCCCAGAGCUUGUGCGAAGCGGGAUCGAAAAUCGUGAUAGAGUAUAGCGCAGUCCAGGGACGUUGAUCAUCAAAUAGACCGGCGAGGUGAAGUGCCAGUCUGCUUGACUCCGGCGCUACUGAAGCGCAGCCGACUGAUUCCGUCCUUGUCGCACUUAUGGGGCAGCUCUCCCUGAGCGCUCUUCGGAAUCGGUCUGCAGGACGUCGCGGAGCGGCAGGGGCCUGCGGGGGCGGCUGGGUGGCCCCACGACACCUGGAGAAUGGAGGGGGACCGGGAGAGGGAGGUGACCUGCAUGAAGGCGGACGGCAACUGCUACUUCUACGCCGUCACCGCCACGGGCGGGGUCCAGGACGACGUGGCAGCGGAGGCCGGCGGCCCGAGCGGCCUCCGACACGCGGCCGAGCUGCGGCGGCAGGCGGCCGAGUACAUCAGGGCCAACCCCGACGUGUUCGAGGCGGUGUCACUCGCGGCCGCGGCGGAUGACCCCGGCGGGUACGCCCGCUACACGGAGGCGGCACCGGGCGGGGGCGUGCGGCUCGCGGACAGCCGAGGGGCGGCCGGCCGCCUCGCCUCGUGGCUGCAGAGGGACUCGGUCGAAGAGGCGCCGGCCGCGGCCCGCCGGGCCCGCACGGCGGUGUACUUCUCCUUCGAAGCGCAGCGAGGGCCCGACGCACCACCCGAUGCGCAGCAGGACGCCCCGGUCGGAGAAGUUUACGGGGUGAGCUUGGUUACGGUUUGGCAGGACGGGGUGCGAAAGCUACACCACGGCUCCGUGGGGGCAGCGAGCCUGCCCGGCGCGCUGCUGGCCUUGAUGGGGACGGGGGACAUGGAGUUUUUUCUGUUCCUGGCCGGCAGUUUGGGGCGCUCAUUUGGCAAGCGUGCUAUGGAGGACGGCCUGGACGAGGCCUGGCGCACGGCCCGCGCGCUCAACCUGCCGCUGAGCGCGGACAUGGAGCGGUGUGUUGUAUUCAACCUCGUCAUGCUCCGCUACGUCCUGUCCCGGGAGUACCCGACGAGCGAUGUGCCGCCGGCCGCCGACGCCCACGAGCGAUGGCACGAGCUGUGGGGCCGGGUGGCCCUGCUGCUGGAGUACUCGCGGCGCCUCCAGGACGAGCUGGAGCGGCUCCAGUGCGAUGACGGGGUGCCGGGCUGCGCGGACCUCAGCGUGAUGUUGGUCAGGCUGUGCACCCUGGCCCUGCGCAACGCCAAGCGGUCCUUCGCGGCCACUUACAAGGAAGUGCCGUGGGAGGAGAUGGAGUACCUCCUCGUGAUGUUCAUCAAGGGGCGCACAGUGCUAGUAACCCUGGCCCACUGGGUGGCCAGCGUCCGGAGCACUGCGGCCCACCUGCGGUGCUUCAGGGAUCGAGUGGAGACGUACGUGGUGGUGCACCGCGCCGAGCCCAACCCGGAGGUGGCCAUGAAGAGGCUGCAGAAGGAGCCUAGGAAGGAGAGGGCUGUCAUCCUCGCCGGGGUGGUGGACGGCGCCCUCACAGACCUCAGAAAGGACUUUGCGCUGCUCAUGGACUGGCAGUCCCUUAUGGAGAUCACCGAGACCCUGGGCAUCGCCAGCGAGGUUCUCGACAUACUGGAGGACGCCGACUGGGCAGCUUGGGGCUGGCUGGCCCUGCGCUGGGCGCUGUUCGUGGUUGGGGAGAGGGUGAAGUACUCCUGGACUUCACCGAACCUGUCCCCCCGCUGGGCCGGUCUCAUAGAAGCGCUGGCGCCUGGCGGCGUUCUGAAGAUAAUGUCCACCAUCCGGGACGACCAGGAGCACGGGAAGGACGGCUCUAACGCCAAGACACUGGUCUUGUCGGAAAUUAAGAAAUCAGAGCGCGCAAAGCUGAGAGAGGAGUUGCUAAAACUGGCAAACGCAGCUCGAGCGGCUCUUGAGGCAGCAGUCAGUGAGGUGGAGUGCAGUGACGACAAUGACUGGGAUGGGCAGGAGAGAGUGACGGUAACCAAGAGAGACAGCGAGGGUAGGAAAGACUUAAUUGGCGAAGAGCUUCUCAAAAUACUGGAACCGGCAAAACAUAAAGCGGAAGGGGCUUUUGAAGCAAUACGUGCGUUGGCCCAUCGCGAAAUUGAACCACACUUAAGAGCAGCAUGUAUAGUAGAUAAGUUUUUGUCAUUUGCCCGUGAGCACAUUCCGGAGGCUGCGCCGCGGGUCCGCCGCCUACUCCUGAACAAGAGCGCGGAGAACAUCGAGAGCUUCCAUGCUGUGCUUCGCGAAGUCACUCCGCCAUCUGUGAGCAGUCCGCUGGAGACUCUGCGGCGCGCGCUCACGGCCGUGGACGCUGCUCCCGAGGGGCAGCUCCGUGACUUCGCUUUCUGCGGAGCUCUGCGGGAGCUCGCAUCCCGCUGGCACGAGGACGACCAGGUGGUGCCCACGGCCGUGCCCUUCUCCCCCGCCCUGUUUGGACGCCAGCUUCGGAACUACCUCAACCACCUCGAUGAGGGGUUAUUCGUUUGCUCGCCUCAAGAGAUACCGGUUCUGUACAAUCUGCUUCAACGAAAAUACAUACCGCUGGAGCAAGGCGCCAGGCCACGGCUGCGAGACCCAUGGUGGUCCCGGGCUGAGAACGAGAGGCUGCGCCGCCUCGUGGAGCUAAAGAGCGACAUGUUCCGAUACGCGAGGGAGGGCGAGCUGGGCGAGCUGCAGCGCCUGGUGGAGAACGGCGCCUACUUGAGCGUCAGGGACUGCCAGGACCGCACCCUGCUGCACGCCGCGGCCCAGGGCGGCCAGGUCCACGUGGUGGAGUGGCUGCUGGGGCUGGGCGCGGAGGUCGUGGACCCGCUCGCCAAGGACUGGCGUGGAUACACAGCACUCUAUGAUGCUGGCACCACGGCCGUGGCAGAGGCGCUGCUUAACGCUGGGCCAGUGCACCAGAAUGGCAUCUUCACGCCUCUCCAUCAUGCUGCAUGGUGUGGUCGCGCCGAGGUGGUGGCCGUGCUCCUUAAGGGCUCCCGUGAUCUGGAUGCGGAGGACAACGAGAGGCGGACACCCUUGCACUGGGCUGCCCUUCACGGCCACGACCAGGUGGUGCGUCUGCUCCUGGAGGCCGGUGCGCGCUGCCAGGCUGACGUUCAUGGUCAUACACCCCUCGUUUUUGCUGCUUUCUCCGGCAGCGCCCCCACGGUGCGGUUGCUGCUCGGUGCCACCCCGCCGCCCGCUGACGAGGACUGCUGGAGGGCUGCUAUGCUGACCGCUUGGUUCGCCAGCGAGGAGGCCUGCUUCGCUCUGCUGGACGAGCUCGAGGCGCGUGGGCUGCUCCAGUGGGGCCCGGCCGCGCGUGAGGCCCUGCUCCAGACGGGAUUCGGAGGGAGUAGCGCCAUCGCGCUGAGGCUGCUGGGUCUCUCUCCUGACGCCCUUCGCGAGGGCCUGAUGAGUGACACCGGGGCAGCAGUCUUACAGGCCGCUGCCUUUGUUGGGCGCGCUGAUCUUGUGCGCACGCUUCUCCGCUGUGGGGCGGACCCGCUGUGCAAGGAUGCUGGGGGCGUGACCGCACUAGCCACUGCAGCAGUAGGAGCAUCUGGAGUGGGUGGCGUACCGGACACCGUCACUGCACUAGUGGAGCGCAUCCCGCGCGGCGAUCUGCAGGCGGCCCUCGCACAGGCGCUGUGUUCGGCCGCAAAGUUCGGUCGGCUCGGGACGGUGCAGCGGCUCGUCCACCACGGCGCGGACGUUAACGCGGAGGGCGGGACACCCUUGGGCUGGGCUGCUAGAUCGGGUCACACCGAGGUGGUGCGGUGGUUGCUGCAGCGGGGGGCUGACCCGUGCCUGGGCCGCCUGGGCGCGCCUCUGCACAUGGCUGCAGCACACGGACGGCUGGGCGUGGUCAAGGUACUCGUGCCGCCGCUGCACGGGGGCGAGGAGGGUCAGGGCGAGCCUGGCAGCGAGGAGCCGUCAGCGCUGCGCGUGGCGGUGCAGGACGGCUCGCGGGAGGAUGUGGAGCGGAUCUUGAGACGGUUCGUGGAGCACCUUAGACCCCUCUCCAGCAGGUACACGAAGGAGGACAGGCUCCGUGACAAGGCUGAGGCAACGGCGGCGCUGAGGAGGAAGGAGAAGGAGGAUGACGAGCGCCUGCGCCUGCUGCAGCAGCUGGACAGUGAUGGCCAGACGGCCCUGCACUGUGCGUCAGCAGUGAGUGCGCUCCCCGUCGUCGAGUACCUGCUGGACAGGGAGGGGGAGCUCCUGCGCCCGGUCUACUCCAAGCACAAGAACAUCGGCGUGCCGCGGCUGGACGGCCUCAGCGUGUACUCGCGGGACGCUGGCGGGGGCACCGCCCUGGAGGGGGGCGUUCUGGGGCUCUGCGCGCCGAGCGUGGCCGAGGCCCUGCUCAAGCGGAUGGGGGACACGAUGUGGAUGGCCCUGGGCCACAAGGACCUGCAGGAGGUGCGCAGCAUGGCAGAGGAGGCCCUGGAGCACGCCACACUAAGGCCCGACAGCGGCCGCCUAGUCCGCGCGCUCUGCGGGUGGCUCAGCCGCAGCGGAGAGGGCCUGCUGAGCGGGAAGGGGGAGGAGGGGCUGCAGGACAUGCGGCGCUGCGUCCUGGCACGAGCGAGGUGGCGCCGCGCACUGCGGCGGGUGCAGAGGCGGGCGGCUACGCCGAUGGACCAGGAGGACCAGCGGCUUGCUGUCGUGAUGUCGAUGUUCGCCUACCUGGAGGCGGGCGCGCGCGGCGAGACGGCGGUGCAGCUGCUGAGCCAGUGGCUGUGCGACCUGAGCGAGGACGACGUGGGCGAGAGCAAGGUGCUGGAGAUCAGCGAGGCAGUGGAUGUACUCCGUCAAUUCAAAUGAGUAUAUUGUAUACUUUAAAUAAAGCGUACAUGGCAUGUAUAAUUUAACAAGGUAGACGCACGUUAAAACCGUGUGAAGCUGAGCUAAAUGUGCGGAUACCUUGGCCUGCGGCGCGCUAAAAUUAAAAUGUUUUCGCGAUUUUGGUUGGCCUGCCUGUCCACCUCACAUCCCACGUCUCACGCCAGGCGCCUCACUUCACGCCGUCUUCCGGGCGGUCUCCCCUUGCGCUUCCUGACAGAGCUGAGCAUUUAAAGUUAAAGUUUAAUUUCAAGUUCAAGUUAAGCUCAGCAAUUAAUGUGUACAAGGCAUGCAUGCCUUUCCAAAUGCGAACAUGGGCAUACAUUAAUUAAAGUAUACAUGCCACGUAAGUAGACAAUGCACACAUUUGAAUCGACAGAGUAGUUAUGAGGAGUUGCGACAGCCUGGGGGUGGGCCCGCGGGGCGGGCUGGCGCUUCUCUGUGCACACAGUGACUGCCCGACCUGAGCGGCGAGAGUGUGCUGGACACCGCUCAGAGAGGGCUGACGAGCCGCGAGUGUGGGGAUUUUGCGCAUGUUUCAAAGUGUGGGCAGUGACUGUGUUUUGGUUUAGUCGUUAUCUGGCCUCAGUGUCAAGGGCUUUCGUACUCGAGUGUGUGUGUGGGAAAGAGAGAUAGAGCGAGAGAGAGAGAUGUAAAUAUGUAAAUGUAAAUAGUGUUUGACGCUGAUCAAGAAAAUUAAUAGUUUUGAUGGCAAUGAAAAGGGUGAGGGCCCCUGGUCUUAUUCGGUUUCCUAGUCGUUCUCUUUUAUUUUGUAACUAGUAAUUACUCGCAAGAAGGGAACUUGCAGCACUCACUCAGUAGGGCUGCCGCCCGCGGAGCGCCUCACAGGUAGGCCGUCCCGUUGGACGCGCGAGCCCCGCGGGCUUGCCUGUCCCCCUUCCUCAGGCGCCAGGCCGGGCGGGGAGACCCAGCAGAGAACUAGCGCCCGUACGUCUAAGAUAAAAGAUGUUUCACUUCGGGAUUAAAUCCAAGGUGCAGCCUGAAAGGCGUUUGAGAAACCAUCAAGCGCCUCAAGUAUGAAUCGUCUGGAAUAGUUUCAAGGACAAGGGUUGUUCACUCACAAUAAAAAGCUCUUUUCUAAAA